CUCUAGUCCAGUAAUUCGAGUGACUUGGUUUUCCCAUUGAUCCUAAUAAGCUGUUGUAUUUAGGAACUAAUCGUAAAAACAAAGACGUAUAAGUAUCUAUUCUAUAUCAUCAAUUCCGCCUCAAAAUUACAAACACCCCUUUGAUCCUCAAGAUAUAAACAAACAUGGCUCUACCUCGAUCAGAAUAUCUCUCCGACGUCUGGCGGAACGGUAUCUUCGACAACAAAGUCGUCUUCUGCACUGGCGGAGCAGGUUCGAUAUGUUCCGCUCAAGUGCGUGCAAUGGUUCACCUAGGCGCCAACGCGUGUAUUAUCGGACGCAAUCCAUCCAAGACUGAAUCUAUGGCCAAAUCCAUUUCGACUGCACGUUACGGAUCGAAGGUCAUUGGAAUCGGCGGUGUAGAUGUGAGAAACAUAAAGAAUUUGGAGAGUGCGGUAGAGACAUGCGUGAGGGCAUUAGGGGGCAUUGACUUCGUUAUCGCCGGAGCAGCAGGAAAUUUUAUUUCACCCCUCGAAGGUCUCUCCUCAAACGCUUUCCGGACUGUCCUUGAAAUCGAUACUCUCGGCUCCUUCAACACCCUCAAAGCUACUCUCCCAUACCUCAUUAAAUCCGCCUCUGACCAUCCAAACACAGCUUCUAAUCCCAACACCGGAGGUCGCAUAAUUUUCAUCUCUGCCGCGUUCCAUUUCACAGGAAUGCCACUUCAGGGGCACGCAGCAGCAGCAAAAGCAGGCGUCGACGCUAUUUCUGCAACGGCCGCGUUGGAAUACGGUCCACGGGGGAUAACUAGUAAUGUGAUUACUCCAGGACCCAUAGAAGGAACGGAGGGAAUGGCAAGACUAGGGGAUAAGGAGAGCGAAGCAAGCGGGGAUGCGCAAAGAAGAAAUCCGUUGGGGAGAUAUGGCACAGUAAAGGAAAUUGCAGACGGAACUGUGUACUUGUUCAGCGAUGCAGGCAGCUUUGUCAAUGGUGAAGUUUUGGUUAUUGACGGAGGAAAUUGGAGGCUCCCGGCAGGAAUGGCCGGAGCAAAGAGAUACCCUGAUUACUUACUAGACGAUUCAUUCGUACGAAGAAAGGAGUCAAAGUUGUGAUUACCGGGUUACAGUACAUGCUGCACGGUCUGGUGAGCUGCUAUAUUGGGGUUGAGACAUGUAAUGCGAUAGACAUUUUGUAUUCUGGCCGAAUUUUUGGGUCUUUAAUUGGCGAGCCUCUUCUAACUACUGGGUUUCGAUGUUCGUCC